GAUUCAUUCCCACUGAGCCACGACAGGAACUCCCUAAAUAUAUUUGUUAAUAAACCAAUGGUUCUCCAGACUUUUCAGCGUACUAAGUGCUAAAGCAAACAAGAGAUUCUUCUCAAAAUAUGUUGGUGGCUUGAGAGAUGUCAUUACCAAGUGGUGAUCUAUACAGAAGAUGCUGAAAUGCCAAUUCUCAAGAAAUUUGAGGUUGUCAUUGGAUCUGAAGACAACGUCUUGGCCAGGGAACGAGCAGCAGGCUCUGCCGUGGACCUCACGUGGCCUGGAGGUUUGCUGAGAGCUGUGUUCUUGUGGCAGAGGCAUAAGCAUGAUGUCUCAGGAUGCCCUCUGACCUGGCGGGACCCUGCAAUGCCCACAGUCUGGCCAGGACCUCGCCCGAGCUUCAGCUUGCAGGGGUUCAAUGUGGAAUCUUGGUUCCCAGGCCAGGGAUUGGAUGCCGGUGGUGAAAUUACAAAAAAGCCCAGCAGGGAGCUCCAGAUACGGUGUCACACAGGAGUCAGCAAUGUGUCAGCUGAAUCUUCACAGUCCUCUCUAAUGUCCCAAGUGCUCCAGAAAAUGAAUCUAUUUGAGGUUAUUUAGAGAACUUGGACCCUAGGAAGGACACGUACAACUCUGAGAGUGGACUCUAGGGGGCGGUGAUGGCAACAGAUGCUGUUGCAGGCUCUCAGUACUCCUUUCAAGAAAUGAUGAUGUUAGCAGUUGUAUUUGGAAAGUAUCAAAUUUUGGAUGGAUUGUGAAGACAGAGCCAAAAGUAUGAAGAGAUCUGCUUCCAUAGAACAUUGCAAAUGAAGAGUGUACUGUCAGACACUUUAAAUUUUGUGGGUUUUCAGGUGCAUCUGUAGCAUAUAAAAACAGCCAGUUAUUGAACCCACACCACGGCAGUGACCCAAGUCACUUAACCUGCUGUACUAGCAGAGAACUCUAGACAUUUUUGAUUUUUCAUAAUAUGAAAAAAUCUUUCAGUUUUUGUCCUACUUUCUUAAACAUAAAGUUGAUAGGAAUUAAUUGCAAAGGUAUUUUCCAUGUCACCUGAGUUUGAAUUCUUUGGAUUAAUAAGAGGAAUGUGCUUUCAGAGGCAUCAGUGUCCUUCAAGGAUGUGACUGUGGAGUUUACCCAGGAGGAGUGGCAGCAGAUGAGCCCUGCUCAGAGGAUCCUGUACAGAGAUGUGAUGCUGGAGAACUACAGCCACCUUGUGUCAUUGCGUGAGCCUCCUUUAUCAUGCGACCCUGCCUAGAGUGUAAUCGGUUUUCUGUUUCUGCUUCUUUUAAAACUUCACCUAUUUUGAGGGAAAAUUAAUGGAAAGUAAAAUUCAGCAAAUUUUUGUGUAUCAUUCAAUGAAUUUUUAAAAAUG